AUGGCUGCUGAUAAUGGAGUAAAACUUAAGCAGCUCGACACAGAUCCGAAGAUCAUCAGCCUCUAUGAUGACUCCUCUGCUUUCGCACCCACAUCUGUGUCAGCCGGGCUCAAAAGCAACACAUUUUCUGAUCUGCAUCCCUCCACUUGUGACAUCCAGCUGGAGACAGAUGGUGAUAUAAAUAACCAGAGUUGCAAGGGCAUGGAUGAUUCAUGCCAUAUUUCCACAAUGCCCCCUGGCUGGAUCAGAGAAGUGAAGCAGAGGAAAGGAGGAAAGACAGCAGGGAGGCUGGACGUCUACAUUACAAGGUAAGACAGUCUUUGUCAAAUCACAAGUCAUUUCAUGAUUAAGCACACAGAUUCAGGUGGAUCAGUGACUCAUGGACAUUUUUUGUUGCUGUUGUCCCCAAGUCCCCAAGGGUUGAAGUUCCGGUCAAAAGCAUCCCUGCAUGCUUUUCUGCUGAAAAAUGGAGAAUGUAAUAUAGACAUGAACGUUUUUGAAUUCUCUGCGAUGAAAGAUAAAGAUGUCAUCAUGUCCCAAGUGGAUCAAAAAAGAAGAAAGGCAAAGCAUGCAGGUGAAAAUCAGGAGACCAAGCAGGAGGACCAACCUCCAAGUGAUUCAGAAACAGCCCCACCCUUCAUCAGACACACUGAAGAGGAUAAGGUGCAAAGCAUAAAGGAUAAUAAUGAUAGCAGUUUGAUCAAACAGUUAACACAGCAUAUUGAUACAACCACUGACAUUGUUGGAUCUGCUGUAAAUUCAAACACAGAGGAGGAUUUAAGACCACACAGCAGCCUUCUAAAGGCAGGUUUGCUGAGAAAGAAGCUGCUCAGGUUAUCUUCUCCCAGUAAUCAACAAAACACUUCCAUUACUCACAAGGACAAUCAGAGAGACUCUCAGCCUUCAGUCCCAACCCUCACUGUUGAGCCUACCACUGAGAGUGAGAACAAGGGUGAUGAUGAGCAAGGAGAAGAGGAGAUACAGAUUCACAGUGAAGGUGACAACAAGCCUAAUCCUGAACCUGAGGGUGAUGCUGACAGUCAACAAGAUGUGCGAGAGGAGGUGUUAUUACCUGACAUCAGUGGUGAGAGAUGCGCACCAGUGAGAGAAUCCCAGAAUAGUAAGUAUGAUCUACACCAUUUGAUAGCUGAUGAAAUCUGCAGUUUCAGUCAGUUUACUCUGGAUCUACCAUUUUUUAAACACAUUUUUGAAUAACAUAUAAUUGUAGCUUCAUAAACUGUGCAGGACAACUUACAUUUUGAUACAAUUUUGCUUUUAACGUGUUGGUUUUAUAUGCAGUCUCCAACUUCCUUCAUAAUUUUCCGUUUGAAGUAUAGAAAAUGCAAAACAACCAGAUAAAGAAAGCAAUAUGAGGUCCACUGAUGAGAAAAAAGCAGGGAUGCAGAUCUGAGAUGGAAUAUAACAGCGAAAAAACUGUCAUUUGUUACAGAUAAUAUGAUGUGCAUUUAAGAUGUUGAAGCCAUUUCAUACAUCUUUACUGUGUAAUGCAGAACAUUUAUUUAUCCAUCUCUAGUUUCAGACUCAGACAAAAAUGCAUAAGUAAUAAGGGUUAUUUAUCCUACUCAUAUAAAGCAGAUUGAACUGCUCUCCGUGUGAAUAGUGCUCUGUAAAUGACCUUGGCUUGCUUUAGAAAUUUUUUGGACACAAACAGAAAAAAAAUAUUUUUAUUUUGUCGUUCUCUUAAGAACUACUCUGUUUUAGUGGGUUUAGUACUCCCCAUGCCCCUCCACUGCUUAUGUACCAUAAGUUUUACUUUCUUUCACACACAUAAAUAUUUCUUGUCCACCUAGAGUCCAAGAGCUCAGACGACAAACGGAAAACCAGCCCUUAUUUCAGCCGGAAUCCCCUCAGAGAUGGUAAUGUUAAAAUGACAGGAAAACUUUUUUUUCUAUUCCUAAGUGAGACAUAAAGUAUAACUCCAUAUUUACUGUAUGAAAUAAAGUUGUGUGGGGCCUUAGCAGAGAUUUACAUUGUUUCUCCUCAGGCCUUAGCCCACCCAGGAGGAAGGUCUUUAAGAAGUGGACCCCCCCUCGCUCUCCUUUCAAUCUUGUGCAGGAAACUCUUUUUCACGACCCCUGGAAGCUCCUGGUGGCUACGAUUUUUCUGAACAAGACCAGCGGUACACAAGCACAAUUUAUUCCAGUGACUAUCUGCUAGAUUUUAAGUUAAACAUUUUCUCCCUUUUAAAUUCAUUUAAAUCUCAUCCUCCAGGAAAAAUGGCUAUCCCGGUGCUGUGGCAAUUCUUUGAGCGUUAUCCUUCUGCAGAGGUAGCGCGGACAGCUGACUGGAAGCCCAUGUCUGAGAUGAUGAAACCUCUAGGCCUCUAUGAGCUGAGAGCCAAAAUACUCAUCCGGUUCUCAGGUAAAUGUGCUGUAUGAAGUGCUGCAGUUCCAGUUUAAAAACAGGGUAAUUGUGUUCAAGUAAAAUUGCACGAUUUAAUCAGAACAUAAGAACAAUACAAGAAGUCUGAAAAACUCAUUUUUUCUGCUUGUAUAGAUGAGUAUUUAACCAAACAGUGGCGCUAUCCCAUCGAGCUGCAUGGUAUUGGGAAGUAUGGCAACGACUCCUACAGGAUAUUCUGUGUUGAAGAGUGGAGACAGGUAAGUGUGAGUGUUAAAGUGUGUUGAUUUCUUUUGUAAAUGGAAUAACCUUUUAUUUUUUCAUUUUUCUACAUCCUAGGUGACACCUGAGGACCACAAGUUGAACAAAUACCAUUCUUGGCUGUGGGAGAAUCAUGAAAAGCUUAAAAUAUAA